GGCUAGUUGCAUGCGAUAAGAGUGCAACCUUUGCCAAAAUUUGCAUAAUUAACCCAAUCGUAGCAGGUGGGAGAGUGCUCCAAGCGCCAUGGUGUUUAAGUGUCAGGAGGACAGCUUCCUGAAACAGUAUCAGACCACAGUCGUUAGCUGUGACUAUGCGACUCUGGACUGGUCGGGUGAUGCCAACACUCCGGCGGGACAGCUGCGCGGUUUCAAUGUAGUCUGCGAGAAUACAAUUCUGUUUCCGGAGGGUGGUGGCCAGCCUUGCGAUUACGGCACCAUCAAUGGCCAAAAGGUGCGCAAUGUCAUUCGCAAGGGCAGCACGGCUGUGCACUUUGUGGAGGCAACCGCCAGUUUCGAGGAGGGGGCCGAGGUGCAGCAGCGUCUCGACUGGGAGCGCCGACUGGAUCAUAUGCAACAACAUUCGGGACAGCAUCUGAUAACAGCGCUGUUCGAUCGCGAGUUCAAAUACGACACAACAUCCUGGUCGUUGGGCACAAGUGUGUCUUACAUUGAGCUGGCCACCCCGCAUCUGAUCAGUCGCGAGUCUUUAGAUCACAUUGAGCGACAGGCUAAUGAUCUGAUACGCGAAGGACGUGCCGUAAACGUGCUACUCGUCGACCCGGAGCGAGCGCUGGAGUUUCAGGAUGCGCGGGCACCUCGUGGCCUGCCCAAGGAUCAUGAAGGCGAAGUGCGUGUGGUGCGCAUCGAGGGCAUCGAGAGCAACAUGUGCUGUGGCACUCACGUCACCAAUCUCUCCCAGCUCCAGUGCAUAAAACUGCUCUACGCUGAGAAAAGCAAAUCCAAUGUGCUCGUCCACUUUGUGGUCGGCGAGCGUGUGCUUCGCAAACUAGGCGAGGUCUUCCAACGUGAGCAACAACUGACAGCAGCGCUUAAAGGCGGCGCCCCUCAGCAUUUGGAGUUGGUGCAGAAGCUGCAGCAGAAUGUUAAAUCGACCCGCAAAUCCUUCCAGCAGCUGCUGAAGGACUUUGCCAAUGCCGAAGCGGAACGCCUGGAAAACUUGCCAGCAGCUAUGCGUCCUAAAUUCUUUGUCCUUCAUCGUCGCGAUGGCAUCGAACCGGACUUUAUAAACACCUUUCUGCGCAACGCGCCGGAGGGCAUUCUCUACCUUCUGACCGUAUGGGAGCCAGUGGCUGCCGGCAGCAGCGCCAAGGGCCACAUGGUACUGCGUGGCGAUCCGGAUCUGGUGGAGAAAUUUGGUCCACAAUUCCUGGAUCUACUCGAUGGCAAGGGGAAUGGCAAGGAGGGAAACUUCCAAGCCAAAGUCAACAACAUAACCCGUUUGCAGGAGUGUGCGGCGCUGCUAGAAACACACUUUAAGCCCAAGAAACCACAAACACAAGCACAAACGGAUGCGGCUAGCGCCUCCUAAGUAUUGGGGGACAAGUAAAUUUUGUAAAAUAAAUAUAUAGUUUGUACUUGUUAA